UCGGAUCCGCGGUCGGCCGGGGGCGGGGCCGGAAGUCAUCGCGUCCCCUGGUUGCUAGGAGACGGGCUUCCACAACCCAGACCGAAGUUCUCUGGCUUCUCUGGGUCCCUGCCUGGUGUGGGGGGCGCCCGGAACCCCGCCACCAUGGCCGACACCGAGACAGAAGGCUUGCGAAGCACCUUUCCCUCGUACAUGGCCGAGGGCGAGCGGCUGUAUCUCUGCGCGGAGUACUCCAAAGCCGCCCAUAGCUUCAGCAACGCACUUCACCUUCAGCCCGGAGAUAAGAAUUGCCUGGUUGCCCGCUCCAAGUGCUUCCUGAAAAUGGGGGAGUUGGAGAAGUCCCUGCAGGAUGCUGAAGCUUCACUCCAGGAUGACCCGAAUUUCUGCAAGGGAAUUUUGCAAAAGGCCGAGACCCUGUACACCAUGGGAGACUUUGAGUUUGCCCUGGUGUUCUAUCAUCGAGGCUACAAGCUGCGGCCUGACCGGGAAUUCAAAGUUGGAAUUCAGAAAGCCCAGGAAGCCAUCAACAACUCAGUGGGAAGUCCUUCUUCGGUGAAACUGGUGAACAAAGGGGACCUCUCCUUCCUGAGUAAGCAAGCCGAGAGUCUGAAAGCCCAGCAGAAGCCUCAGCCCAUGAGACAGAUCCUCACCCUUCCCAAGAAGGAAACCAAGCGGAAGGGCUCGUUCAAGAGUGAGAAGAUUGUCCGCCAGCUUCUGGGGGAGCUCUACGCGGACAAGGAGUACCUGGAGAAGCUUCUUUUGGAUGAAGACCUUAUCAGAGGCACCAUCAAGCAAGGCCUGACCGUGGAGGACCUUAUCCUGACGGGCAUCAACUACCUGGACACCCGCAGUAACUUCUGGAGGCAGCAGAAGCCCAUCUACGCGCGGGAGCGGGACCGAGCACUGAUGCAGGAGAAGUGGCUGCGGGACCGCAAGCGCCGGCCCUCGCAGACGGCUCGCUACAUCCUCAAGAGCCUGGAGGACAUCGACAUGAUGCUGACCAGUGGCAGUGCUGAGGGGAGCCUUCAGAAAGCUGAGAAGGUGCUGAAGAAGGUUCUGGAAUGGAACAAGGAGGAAGUGCCCAACAAGGACGAGCUGGUUGGAAAUCUGUACAGCUGCAUAGGCAAUGCCCAGAUCGAGCUGGGGCAGAUGGCAGCCGCCCUGCAGAGCCACCGAAAGGACUUGGAGAUCGCCAAGGAAUAUGACCUUCCUGAUGCCAAGUCGAGAGCUCUUGACAACAUCGGCAGGGUGUUUGCACGAGUUGGGAAAUUCCAGCAGGCCAUUGACACAUGGGAGGAGAAGAUCCCUCUGGCCAAGACCACCCUGGAGAAGACCUGGCUCUUCCACGAGAUUGGGCGCUGCUACUUGGAGCUGGACCAGGCCUGGCAGGCGCAGAACUAUGGCGAGAAGUCCCAGCAGUGCGCCGAGGAAGAAGGGGACAUUGAGUGGCAGCUGAACGCCAGCGUGCUGGUGGCCCAGGCCCAAGUGAAGCUCAAAGACUUCGAGUCAGCUGUCAACAACUUCGAGAAGGCCCUGGAGCGAGCCAAGCUGGUGCACAACAACGAGGCGCAGCAGGCCAUCAUCAGCGCCUUGGAUGAUGCCAACAAGGGCAUUGUAGAAGGGCUGAAGAGAAACAGUUUCCGGGGGAGUUUCUUCGAGAAGAAAGAAGAGGAGGAGGAUCUGCAAGGGAAGAAAAGCAGUAGGAGGCAGAAGAUGCAGCCUGAGAAGGCGGGGAGCCACUGGGAGCAAGAGCACGGGAGUGACAGGGGCCUAGACGCGGACUCAUCCCAGGAAAAGGUGCACAAGAGGGUGAGCAGGACGGGGGAGAGCAGCGAGCGGGAGGAUUCGGAGAGCGGCAGCUCUUCCCAGACAAUCGAGCCGAAGGACUCAGAAGAUGUGGCGGGGGGGAGAGCAGCACAAGACCAAAGAACACGGAAAGAAGCAGGCAAGAGAAGAAUACAAGUGGCCAAAGCAGAACUGAGGGAGAUCUACAGGCGGCCCUCCGAGCUGGACCAGGCCCUCUCAGGGUCAAGCCUGAGGGACUCCGAAGAGCUAGAGGGAAAAUAUUCAGAAAUCUUCCAGAGAGACUUGGGAGAGCCGAGGAACGCAGAUUCGAGAGACCUGAAAUACACAAGGCGUGCCAAGAAGGAAGGUGAAUGAGGCAGGUGGGGCAGGGGGCAGAAGGGCCGGACAGAAGGGGCCUGCCCCGGUGAGACUGACUUCUCACGGACCCCACACAGGUCCCCUCU